GAUAUGUUUAUUUUAUUAUAAUACUUGUCGCGUCAGGGAGCUCCGAGAAAAAUAAAGUUGUUCCAAUAAUCAUGCUGUUUCAACCUUGAAAAAAUUGUACAGUUUUCUAGUAGGAGAUUAUUCACAUUGGCAACAUAAGCGUACAGAAUCACCACGGAAAGACGUUUGCAGUGCCACACUGGAAAUGGACAUGGACAUGGGUCUGGCUGUUCCCAGUUUUGCAGAAACCCCUUGACUUAAUUUUGCAUCGCACCAAACGACCCACAAUGUGACUUGAGAGGGAAUACCCCUAAUUCCCAAAUCGGGCCCCAUCGACCAAAUCUCUAGCUCGAUACCGAGUGGCGGCGUGCUGAGUGGCACUGGGUGAUGAGUGGUGGCGGCGUCAGGACUAGCGGCCGGAGUAUGGUGAUGAGUGGUGGCGGCGGGAGGGGCAGCAGGUUCAACAACACCUACGACAAUGAGAUAUGGGAGGAGACUGCAGUGGUCUGCUGGGACGGUGGCUCCGGCAGCACAGUCUCCGGCGAGAAUGCUCAUGAGAUGAAGCAAUCCAGAGAAGGGUUGCAAAAUUGUCUAGUUGACAACAAGAGGAAGAAGCAAGAAGCAAUGUUAGGGUGUGGUUGUAGGAGCUCAAAUAUUUUGAGAGUUACUGCAGAAAAGAAUUUAAAGAUAAGGAAUAAAGUUGGAGAGUUGAAGGAUGUGAUUUUAAGGAUGAAGAUAGUGAAGAAAUUGCACAAGACCGAGAUGAAACAGGGACAGAAAAGAUGUAGCUUUCGUAUUUGUGUUGUGUGCUUGCAUUUUGUAUGCACUGGUAGGUACUUGUGUUAAGGGAUAGAGGAUGUUUGAUUAGGUAAUUUGGAAUGAUUAGUGUAUGCACUAUCUAUUGUUUUGUGAUGGAGACUAAAUAUAAGAUUGACAUAAAGCUUUGGAAAUGUGUGUUUUCGAAAUGAGAGCUUUGG